UAAAGGUAAACACAAGAUAUAUAUGAACUAAUAAAACAAUAAGAUUUAUGCAUCUUUUUUCUUUAAUUUUGAUUUUCUAUCUUAUUUAUCCUUUUUAAAUCUGGAAAAAGAACUAAUUGUGUUUUCAUUCGUCCACUUGUUUUUUUUUUCCUAUUCCUACUGAAAAAAGGAAAACGAAUGUAGGCCUCUCUAUAUAACAACAAUUGACCAACUUAAUUAGAAUGUAAAUAGUAUCCUUAAAGAAAAAGGAAAACGAAGCUUAGGUAACAUGAGGUCCUCCUCUUUGCAUGCUGCGUCUUGCUUAUUCAAGAACUCUAACAAAAUAAGAGUUUCUCUCGAUUCCUUGCCUGAUGAUCUUCUUGUGGAGAUUUCUUCACGUACCGCUGCUUCUUCCUUGUCAGCGGUUCGUAAUCUCAGAUUAGUUUCCAAAACGUUUAAUAGAACAUGCGAUGAAAAAUACGUAAUCUCUCGACUUUCCCUCCACGAACUCACCCUUCUGACUUGGUAUCAUUAUCAAGACCCUGAACUUGAAAGGAAGGUAAGGACCGAACAUGAAAGGAAGAUAUUUAACAAAAAAAAAGAACUUGAAAGGAAGGCAAGGACCGAAAGAUUAUCUAACUUCUACAAGAGAUGUCGAAGGAACGGGAAUCCUGAAGCCUUGUAUCGCAAAGGAAUCAUCAACUACUUUCGGAGAAACCAGAAACACAAAGGACUCAAACUUUUGUCUCAAGCUGCGAAAAAAGGAAACAAAGAAGCAACCUAUGUUUAUGGACUGAUCCUAAUCUGUGGUGGAGGCAGAGACAUCUACGAGGAGGGACCAGUUUUGCAUGGAGGCGAAACAAAACAAGAGGGUUUCAAGAUCUUGUCUUCUUUAAUAAAACCGUUAAUGUCGAAAACGUUGGAGGAGCUGGUGGAUAUGAGGGACAAGAUUGGAGGCAGCAUUCGGUGGCUUGGCACACCGGUGAUGAAAGAGCUCAAAAGAGCGUACGUUCCAGACAAGUGCGGGUGUGAUGGUCGAACUAGUGAAUUCUUAUCAUAUAAUUGUGCUUGGCAUCGAUACGGCGAGGAUAACGACAUGAAUACUUCUUCUGCAUGUGAGAUCUGUCUGUGGGAUCAUGAAGUUAAAAUGUUUUUUAAUGAGUGA